CGCCCCGCCCCGCGUCUUCCCCCUGAAAGGAGCUGGAGAUGAUCUCCCACAUGGAUCAGGAGGAGGAACUGUGGUUUUCCCACAUUCGCGCCUACCGAGUGAAGUCCGAGACAGUGCUGAGCAGCAGUUGUGCAGCUGCAGAUGGGAUUGUGAGCAAAAAAGAGAAGAAUCCCCACCAAGGCAUCCCUGGGCCAGCAGAGUCUGAGGUUUUACUCUCAGGACUCUCCAAGGAGAACAAUUCCCAGAGUCCUGUACAGGACUCAGUCGUCCCACAGAGAUCAGAAAGGGUUCAGAGACCUCUGGAGAAGAGGCAAAGCCGAGUGAUGCUGCGUGGGAAAAGUUUCAGGAAGCUGCCAGAUGUUACCCGGCAGAGAAAUUCCUCUGUGAGGAGACUGAUGAUAUGUGGGGACUGCGGGAAGAGCUUCCGUGUGAGUUCCAACCUCAUCCAGCAUCGGAGAAUCCACACUGGGGAGAAACCCUUCUCCUGCACGGAGUGCGGGGGGCGUUUCCGGCAGCGCUCCCAUCUCACCCAGCACCAGAGGAUGCACACGGGAGAGAGACCCUACGAGUGCUCCGAGUGCGGCAAGGGCUUCAGCGUGAGCUCCAAGCUGCUGCGCCACCAGGUGACCCACACCGGGGAGAAGCCCUUCAGGUGUGCCGAGUGCGGCAAGAGCUUCUGCGGGAACUCGCAGCUGGUGCAGCACCGGCGGGUGCACACCGGGGAGAGGCCCUACACGUGCAGCAGCUGCGGGAGCAGCUUCAGCCUGAGCUCGGCUCUGGCUCGGCACCGGCGCGUCCACAGCGGGGAGAAGCCCUACGGCUGCGGCGAGUGCGGGAAGAGCUUCAGCCAGAGCUCCGAGCUCGUGAAGCACCGGCGGGUGCACAGCGGGGAGAAGCCGUACAAGUGCUCCGAGUGCGGGAAGGGCUUCACCGUCAGCUCGGCCCUCAUCCAGCACCGCCGGUUCCACGCGGGAGAGCGGCCUUACGGGUGCUCCGAGUGCGGGAAGAGCUUCACGGUGAGCUCCCAGCUCAUCCAGCACCGCUGCUUCCACACCGGGGAGCGCCGCUUCGAGUGCGCGGAGUGCGGGAAGAGCUUCCUGUGGAGGUCGGCGCUGCUGCGGCACCGGCGGGUGCACAGCGGGGAGCGGCCGUACGCGUGUACCGACUGCGGGGACAGCUUCAGGCAGAGCGCCCACCUCACCCAGCACCGCCGCACCCACACGGGCGAGCGGCCCUACGCCUGUGCCGACUGCGGCAGGGGCUUCGCCGUCAGCUCCGCGCUGCUGCGGCACCGGCGCCUCCACAGCGCGGGGCAGCCCUAGGCUCCGGUCCCCGCGGUGCCGCUGCCUCCGUUCUCCCCGUUCGCUGCCCUGCUCUCGGAGUGGGAAGGACUUUCUUUUAGGAGAACGAGUCCUAAAGGAGAGAGGUGCAAAUAGUGGAGAGUCAGUGCGAAGAGCUGGAGCUGUGGAGAGGAGCGUGGACACAUCAGGGGGUGGUUGGUGGCGUUCGGAGGGAAAGCUCCUGGGAGAGAAAGGAAGGGAUUUUAAAAGGCUGCAAUGUGCUUCGUGUAUUUCAGAGGAAGGUAAAUGACUCUGUGCCCACAUGUGGACAAUUAACAGAGUGAAGCACACGGACUAUCUUAUAGCCUGCAACACUCGAUCAACAAAAGCUCCUGAUCUGAGCUCCCUCCCUCAGCGCACGGGCUGGAGCCGCAGCCCAAAGAAGCCCCCUGCGCUGGCUAUCCGUGUGUUCCCGCGGCCCUGCAGGGGCUGUGGAGCAGCAGCUGCGCUGCGUGCCGUCGCUGCA